GUGUUUUGAGGGCUUAUGACAUACUGCGCACUGGCGAUAGUGGGCAUGUUGUCGUUUCUGAAGUUGCACCCAAAAUAGUUGUUUAUUUAACGGGCUUGUUUGUUAACGAAUAAACGACAUUUUGUAUAGCCGCCACUGUUUAUGUUAAGAACACUCUAGGUAGUAAACAUGAUGAACAGGGCUUUAUCGAGGAAACUUCUGGGCUCCAUGUGUGGGAUCUCCAACAGCCCUCGACUAAACUUCGCUCAAAGCGCUGCCAACACUGUGCAAAAGCAGAAAGAGUUGAUCAAAAGUAGGGAACUGGAGAAGGAUGAGCUGAGACCACUUUAUAUGGACUUUCAAGCCACCACACCAUUGGACCCAAGGGUUUUGGAUGCCAUGCUUCCCUAUCAAGUGAAUUAUUAUGGCAACCCACAUUCCAGGACUCAUGCUUAUGGAUGGGAGAGCGAGAGCGCAAUGGAAAAAGCAAGAAAACAAGUAGCAGGUCUUAUUGGUGCUGACCCAAGGGAGAUUGUGUUCACCAGUGGUGCGACUGAGUCCAACAAUAUGUCAAUCAAAGGUGUUGCUCGAUUUUAUAAGGCUAAGAAAAUGCACAUCAUUACCACCCAAAUCGAACAUAAGUGUGUGCUGGACUCCUGCCGGGUUUUGGAGACUGAGGGUUUUGAUAUAACGUAUUUACCUGUGAAAAGCAAUGGACUGAUUGACCUGAAGCAAUUAGAGGACACAAUCCGCCCUGAUACAAGCUUGGUGUCCAUAAUGACCGUCAACAAUGAGAUUGGUGUUAAACAGCCAGUUAAAGAAAUAGGUCAUCUGUGCAGGUCCAAAAAUGUGUUUUUCCACACUGAUGCUGCUCAGGCUGUCGGAAAGAUUCCUGUUGAUGUCACUGACUGGAAAGUGGAUCUGAUGUCCAUCAGUGCACAUAAGAUCUAUGGGCCCAAAGGAGUUGGGGCUUUGUUUGUGAGGAGGAGACCCAGAGUUCGUUUGGAGCCUUUGCAGAGUGGAGGGGGUCAGGAGAGGGGUCUGCGAUCAGGAACGGUGCCCACACCUCUGGCUGUAGGCCUCGGAGCUGCCUGUGAAAUUGCCCAGCAAGAGUUAGAGUAUGACCACAAGCGUGUGUCUUUGCUUGCAAAUCGCCUCGUGCAGAAGAUCAUGUCAGAGAUUCCUGAUGUUGUGAUGAAUGGAGACCCAGAUCAGAGGUAUCCAGGAUGCAUUAAUUUAUCGUUCGCCUAUGUCGAGGGAGAGAGCCUGUUGAUGGCUUUAAAAGAUGUUGCACUUUCAUCAGGAAGCGCCUGCACGUCUGCUUCACUGGAGCCCUCUUAUGUCCUCAGAGCAAUAGGAGCAGAUGAGGAUUUGGCUCACUCUUCUAUUCGGUUUGGCAUCGGCAGAUUCACCACGGAGGAGGAAGUGGAUUAUACAGCAGAGAAAUGCAUUCAGCAGGUCAAACGGCUCAGGGAGAUGAGUCCGUUGUGGGAAAUGGUCCAGGAGGGCAUUGACCUUAAGAGCAUCAAAUGGACGCAGCACUGAAUCCUCCUGUGGUGGACAAACCCAUCGGUACAGCUGAGACAGGCUGUAAUACUCUAUCUUUAGCCAUUAUUCCCUCAAACACGCACAAUAUGAACUGAACUCGUCUACCUGGAGAAGAUUUGAAAUGCAUUUGACUGAACUGCAGGGGAAAUGUUGAUCUCAUCGAUUCCAUCAUUUCAGUCUCUUGAGGUUUGUGAGUUUCACACCAUUUUCAAGCGCACACAGUUGCUCUUAUAUUACUUCUUACUUCCUACUUCUUUCAUAGUGUGUAUAUACCGCAAAACAUUUUAGGCAUCCAUUAUAUAUUGGCUGUGGUUCCAGUCCAGACCAGCAGAGUUAAUUCCAGAUACAUGGUGUUGCUUUACAGUCAGAUAAGAAGUCAAGGUUUUCUUAAUGUAAAGAACAGCACUGAGCUGAAUGGUUUUGCACUUUAAAAGAUUUGUUUAGCUGCAUAUGUCAAAGGUCACGUCUAAGAUUAUCAUGCUUCUUGUCUAGUAUGGGCUCUUCUUCCACUGCAGAUCACAGCUUCUGUAGUGUCUGUUGUUGUGAUGUUAUUGUUUGCUUUAUUCAAGAAUAUAUUUCAUACCAAUAAAUAUACGAAGCAGUGGAU